UAUGCACAGAUCGCGAUCGAUUAUGACAGCACUCUCUUGUCAGAUGUAGAGCAAUUCGGUGCUCCUAGGAUAGGACGUCCUAGUCUUGCCCAAUUUCAAUCGUGCCUAGAUCUUAGUAAUCUUCUUCCCUCGGCGCGUGAUCGUGCCAAAUGCCUGACAAUGAGAAGGCCCCGGUGAAACUUUCGCUGCCGUUGGCCUACCAGCAGGACAUCUUCAAAGAACUUCACCAAGAUGAUGAGCUUGUCAUCAUCGCGCGAGGGCUAGGCCUACUGCGCAUCGUCACCAACCUUUUACACUCCUACGACGCUGCCGGCCACAACCUCGUGCUGCUCAUCGGAGCCGACGAUCGUGAAAAUGGUUGGAUUGGUGAAGCUCUAGCUGAGCAUGCCACUGUCAGCGUGGCACCCAAAUGCAGGGGACUGAACCUUGUGAACACAGACCUGAUGAGUGUUGCAACGCGGGAAAAAAUGUACUCCGGUGGAGGAAUAUUCAGCGUCACGUCACGGAUUCUGAUUGUGGAUCUCCUCUCUGGUCUACUCGAUCCUGCGACUAUAACUGGGGCUGUGGUAUUACAUGCUGAGAAGGUCAUGGCGACCUCCCUUGAAGCUUUUAUACUGCGUAUAUAUCGACAGAAGAACAAGGCAGGCUUCUUGAAGGCCUUUUCAGAUGCACCCGAGCCAUUCACAACUGGCUUUUCCCCCUUGGCAAAUAUGAUGCGGAAUCUGUUCCUCCGGAAGCCCUCCCUAUACCCACGAUUCCACCUCACAGUAGCAGAAUCUCUAGAAGGACGACGAAAGGCAGAAGUUAUUGAGCUCGAAGUCCCUAUGACGGAAGGAAUGCGCGCUAUACAGAACGCAGUCCUCGAGUGUGUCGAAGUGAGCAUAACAGAGUUGAAGAAGAACAAUUCAGGCCUGGAGAUGGACGACUGGAAUCUAGACAGCGCUCUCCAUAGGAACUUUGACCAGAUCGUAAGGAGACAAUUAGACCCAGUAUGGCACCGAACCAGUUUCAAAACAAGGCAAAUAGUCCGUGAUCUGACCUUGCUUCGAAAUAUCCUUCAUGCCCUCUUGACUUAUGAUGCUGUCACCUUCAAUAGAUACCUCGAUACAGUUCGUGCGGCUUCCUCGCCACCUCCCGGAUCUACAAGACAAAACCAGUCACCAUGGCUAUUCCUCGAUGCUGCACAUACCAUUUUUGACAUAGCCAAGCGGCGCGUAUACACAGGAGAUGUUAAGAAUGUAGACAUAGAUCGAGGCCGUAGUGAUGCCCUCAGGCCAGUACUUGAAGAACUUCCAAAGUGGGACCUCCUUGCCGAGAUACUACAGGAGAUAGAGCAAGAUGUAUAUUUCAACCCAACGAUUCAAGACGGAUCGAGCGGUGCUAUACUUGUCAUGUGCGGAGAUCAAGACACUUGUCGCCAAAUACGAGAGUAUCUUCAGACAAUGCAUGUUGUACCGACAGACAAGACAGAAGGGGCAGGCAAUGACGUUCCGGAAGAACCGAGGGGACCUUCAGGGACUUUCAUGAUGCGACGCAAACUUCGUAACUACCUAAAUUGGAGGCGCGAUUUCACGACUGUACGGGCGACUUUGUUUUCAGAGCACCAGAAGUCAAUAAAUAGCAAUGGCUCAACGGAGCAGCGAGCGCUACAGAACAAAGGCAAAGCUCCCCCAAAUAAAAGACGCCGUAUAAGGGGUGGCGGUGCUGCAGGCCCAGGACGGAAUGAUAUUGGCUAUACAGCUGGCGACAAAGAUACCCAUAUUGCUAGCCUACUCUCUGAACUUGCACCAACCGAUAUCGAGACCGCACAAAAAAUUGAGAUUGGUGCGGACCCCCUAGAAGACAUGGAAAGCUACUUCGAAAUGUUCGAUAUGAGUGAACUGAUCGUCGUGCAUCCUUAUGAUGGUGACAUGGAUGAGCAUGUUCUAGAAGAAACGAAGCCACGCUACAUUAUCAUGUAUGAACCAGAUGCUGCCUUCAUCCGCCGAGUUGAAGUAUAUCGCAGCUCUCACAGCGACCGGAGCGUUCGAGUCUACUUUAUGUACUAUGGGAACUCCGUCGAGGAGCAACGCUAUCUCAGCGCCGUCAGAAAGGAGAAGGACGCUUUUACGAAGCUCAUCCGUGAAAGAGGAACUAUGGCCCUGACCUUAGACUCCAACUCCAUCACGGACCCCCAGGAGCAGUUCCUACGAACUAUCAACACACGUAUUGCAGGCGGAGGACGUCUCGCCGCGACAGCCUCCCCUCCGCGCGUCGUGGUCGACGUCCGAGAAUUUCGCUCUUCCCUCCCUUCGCUCCUUCACGCCCGCAACAUGAUUGUCAUCCCAUGCAUGCUGACAGUCGGCGACUACGUCCUCACUCCUAACAUCGCCAUCGAGCGCAAGUCUAUCGGCGAUCUGAUCUCUUCCUUGAACAACGGUCGUCUCUACAACCAAGCCGAGACCAUGCUACAGUACUACAAGAACCCAAUGUUGCUCAUCGAAUUCAACCAGAACAAGUCUUUCACACUCGAGCCUUUCGCCGACUUGAGCUCUACAAGCACUACUUACGCCUCCGACGUGCAAAGCAAACUAGUCCUGCUUACUAUCGCAUUCCCGAGACUGCGGAUUGUGUGGAGUAGCUCGCCAUACCAGACUGCAGAAAUCUUCGAGGAGCUCAAGAAACAACAGGACGAACCGGAUCCUAUCCGAGCUGUGCAGAUUGGGCUGCAGCAUGGCGAGGCUGCGGAGGAAAACCGAAUGUUUAGUCAGGUACCCCAGGAUAUGCUGCGUGCUGUGCCAGGUGUUACAGCGAAGAACUUGGCCCGGCUGACGUUGGAGGUGGGAACUAUUCAGGAGCUGGCGAAUAUGGAAGAGGAGACGUUGUCGAGGAUGAUUGGCAAGGAGGCGGGCAGGCAAAUCUUUAGAUUCUUCAAUCGAAACGUGUAUGAUGUAUGAAUGAAUGAUAGUGGGCUAUUAUGCGGUUUUCUGGGUGGCAAUUGAAUAGUCGGUACGCCGCAGAAGCAAGCAGGUGAUUAGCAUAGCUAAAAUCAUGUAACAUUAGAAAGACGAUCUAGGCGCCCGAGUGACGAAAAAGUAGACGACCCAUUAAUCGUUCAAACUUGCGUUGGAUCAUGAGUAUGUAGGCUUCCA